CACGUCACGUGACCUACAUGUCCUUGAUUUGCUAACUUGGACAUGUGAGCAGCCGAAACAUGUCUUUCCCUAAAAAACCAGGCGCUAAGGCGUUAGAUGUUUUACAGACUCUGCCGCGAAUAACUUUAGCAAACUUGCGACCUGAACCCGGAGCGAGGACGGCGGAGAAGAAGAGGGGCAGAGGACAGCAUGGUGGCAACAAAAGCGGCCGAGGUCACAAAGGAGAGCGACAGAGAGGGACCCGACCCCGGCUCGGGUUUGAGGGGGGACAGACCCCUUUUUAUCUGGUUAUCCCUAAAUAUGGCUUCAACGAAGGACACAGUCGGCGUCCACAGUACCCGCCUCUGACCCUGAAGCGACUGCAGUACUUGAUCGAUUUGGGGCGAGUUGAUCCAACCCAGCCCAUUGAUCUGACCCAGCUGGUCAAUGCCAGAGGAGUGACUGUACAGCCCUUCAAGAGGGACUAUGGAAUCCAACUUGUUGAUGAGGGUGCUGACAUUUUUGCUGCCAAAGUCAACAUUGAGGUUCAGAGAGCAUCCGAAGGAGCAAUAGCUGCUAUUGAACGGAACGGUGGCGUCAUCACCACCAGCUUCUACGACCCUUUAAGUCUUGGAAUCCUCAUCAAGCCUGUCCCGUUCUUCAUGCGCGGGCAGCCGAUCCCGAAGCGCAUGCUGCCCGGGGAGGAUAUGGUCCCCUAUUACACAGCUGCUGAAAACCGGGGUUACUUAGCAGAUCCGGAAAAAGUCCAGCAGGCCCGGCUCACCCUGGCACAGAAGUAUGGAUAUGUGCUGCCAGAUAUUUCAGUGGAUGAACUGUAUCAAAUGCUUGCCACGAGGAAGGAUGUUCGACAGAUCUUCUUUGGCCUCUCUCCAGGCUGGGUCGUUAACAUGCCAGAGAAGAAGAUUCUCAAACCAACCGAUGACAAACUGCUGAAAUAUUACAGUUCCUAGAUGUGAGGAGAAAAACACCUCCUGAUUAAAAACAGGAAAAUACUGUGCUUUGAUUGGUGAAAACUGUAUUUUAUAAUGGUGGAAGAAAAAUCUGUGUGUGUUGUCAUUAAACGUUACCUCAAGAAUGGGCUCGUUCAG